UAAAUAAAUAGUUUGAAUUUGAUUGUAUGGAUGAGUACGGUGCGUGAUGUAUAAAUUAAUUUUUUUGUUCGUACUAGUUUGUACGUGCCUUGCUAGUGAGGAUUGUGUGACAUACAAUUUCGAAAAUGGAAUUGAAAACUUCACAAAUGACAGAGAUAUUUGUUAUGGCAUGACUAUGUGGUAUAUUGAGAAUUACUCAGAAGUCUCCAUCGAUCCCUUUCACCCUCAGAGCACCAAAUUCGCUUCACCACUCCCGCAAACAAGCUGCAUGGCAUCUCCUAUGUUCCAAAUGGGAUUUGGAGGAACAGUUGAAAUCAAUUUUUAUGUGAAACCAAAUACAAAACAGUUGAACAUAAAUACAUUUCUUAUAGAGUAUUUAGAAAAUGAAAGGGAUGCUACUGUAAAUUCACAAGAACUUUCUUUUACUGGAGGUUGGCAAGCUGUAAAUUACACCGUUUUGUCAUCGUAUCUGGGAUAUGUAGCAUUAAUUGGACAAAGUGAACCUAGUUCAUUUUUCAUAGAUUCUCUUCGUUACUUUGGACCAAAUACUGACAAGGAGGAAUGUAUAAUUUAUGAAGAGUAUACAGAAACAACAUCUAGUAUAAGCCCCACUAACGCUACAACUACUACUGCAACAAUGAUUCCUACAACCUUGCCCCCUCAGAAUACUAGUAAUUCAACUGAAACUCCUUCACCAGAUCCAACUGAAACUACUAAUACUUUAGUUUCUACUACUUCUUCUUCAACUGAAGUUCCUACAACAUUAACUACAGUUACAAUUUUUACUUCUGAGCCGUCUACAACUUUAUCUACCGAAUAUACUACUUCAUCUACUACUACUACUACUACUACUACUACUACUGAAAGUCCUAGUACUUCUACUUUUUCAACUGAAGCUCCUACAACUUUAUCAACCGAGUCAUCUACUCCUUUGCCAAACCCUACUACAACUCCUACCACUCCGAUAACUACUACAUCUACUCCUUCUCCAACUGAUCUUUCUACAACUUUACCUACUGAAUCUUCUACAUAUUCACCUACUUCUACUGAUAUACCUACUACCACUACGAUGACUACUACAAAUACUCCUUCUCCAACUGAUCUUCCUACAACUUUACCUACAGAAUCUUCUACAUCUUCACCUACUUCUACUGAUAUACCUACUACCACUACGAUGACUACUACAAAUACUCCUUCUCCGACUGAUCUUCCUACAACUUUACCUACUGAAUCUUCUACAUCUUCACCUACUUCUACUGAUAUACCUACUACCACUACGAUAACUACUACAACGACUCCUUCUCCGACUGAUCUUCCUACAACUUUAACUACUGAAUCUUCUACAUAUUCACCUACUUCUACUGAUAUACCUACUACCACUAGGAUGACUACUACAACUACUCCUUCUCCAACUGAUCUUCCUACAACUUUACCUACUGAAUCUUCUACAUCUUCACCUACUUCUACUGAUAUACCUACUACCACUACGAUAACUACUACAAUUACUCCUUCUCCAACUGAUCUUCCUACAACUUUACCUACUGAAUCUUCUACAUAUUCACCUACUUCUACUGAUAUACCUACUACCACUACGAUGACUACUACAAUUACUCCUUCUCCAACUGAUCUUCCUACAACUUUACCUACUGAAUCUUCUACAUCUUCACCUACUUCUACUGAUAUACCUACUACCACCACGAUGACUACUACAACUACUCCUUCUCCGACUGAUCUUCCUACAACUUUACCUACUGAAUCUUCUACAUUUUCACCUACUUCUACUGAUAUACCUACUACCACUAAGAUGACUACUACAACUACUCCUUCUCCGACUGAUCUUCCUACAACUUUACCUACUGAAUCUACUACAUAUUCACCUACUUCUACUGAUAUACCUACUACCACUACGAUGACUACUACAACUACUCCUUCUCCAACUGAUCUUCCUACAACUUUACCUACUGAAUCUUCUACAUCUUCACCUACUUCUACUGAUAUACCUACUACCACUACGAUGACUACUACAAUUACUCCUUCUCUAACUGAUCUUCCUACAACUUUACCUACUGAAUCUACUACAUAUUCACCUACUUCUACUGAUAUACCUACUACCACUACGAUGACUACUACAAUUACUCCUUCUCCAACUGAUCUUCCUACAACUUUACCUACUGAAUCUACUACAUAUUCACCUACUUCUACUGAUAUACCUACUACCACUACGAUGACUACUACAAUUACUCCUUCUCCAACUGAUCUUCCUACAACUUUACCUACUGAAUCUACUACAUAUUCACCUACUUCUACUGAUAUACCUACUACCACUACGAUGACUACUACAAUUACUCCUUCUCCAACUGAUCUUCCUACAACUUUACCUACUGAAUCUUCUACAUCUUCAUCUACUUCUUCUGAUAUACCUACUACCACUACGAUGACUACUAUAACUACUCCUUCUCCGACUGAUCUUCCUACAACUUUACCUACUGAAACUUCUACAUAUUCACCUACUUCUACUGAUAUACCUACUACCACUACGAUGACUACUACAAUUACUCCUUCUCCAACUGAUCUUCCUACAACUUUACCUACUGAAUCUUCUACAUCUUCAUCUACUUCUUCUGAUAUACCUACUACCACUACGAUGACUACUACAACUACUCCUUCUCCAACUGAUCUUCCUACAACUUUACCUACUGAAUCAUCUACUUCUUCACUUACUUCUACUGAUACUCCUAUUACUAUGAUAACUUCUACAACUACUCCUUCUCCAACUGAUUUUCCCACAACUUCAUCUACCGAAUCUUUUACAUCUUCACCCACUCCUACUGAUACACCUACGACCACUAUGAUAACUACUACAAAUACUCCUUCUCCAACUGAGAUUCCUACAACUAUAUCAACUGAUUCGUCUACUUUUUCACCUACUUCUACUAAUACUCCUACUACUACGAUAACUUCUACAACUACUCCUUCGCCAACUGAUUUUCCCACAACUUUAUCUACUGGAUCUUCUACAUCUUCAUCUACUUCUUCUGAUAUACCUACUACCACUACGAUAAUUACUACAACUACUCCUUCCCCAACUAAUAUUCCCACAACUUUAUCUACUGAAUCUUCUACAUCUUCACCUACUUCUACUGAUAUACCUACUACCACUACGAUGACUACAACAACUAUUCCCUCUCCAACUGAUCUUCCUACAAUUAUACCAACUUCAUCGUCUUCAUCUUCACCUACUUCUACUAAUACUCCUACUACUACGAUAACUACUUUUUUUCCAACUGUUUUUCCUACAACGUCUUCAACCGAAACGUCUCCAUUUUUACCUACUUCUACUGAUAUAACUACCACUAUGAUAACUACUACAACUACUCCUUCUCCAACUGAGUUUCCUACAACUAUAUCAACUAAAUGGUCUUCUUUUUUACCUACUUCUACUGAUACUCCUACUACUACGAUAACUACUACAACUUCAACUUUUCCAAGUGAAAGCACUACAACUGAAAUUUCUUCUUCUACUACCACUACUGACAUUCUGGAUAUUUCAACUACUUCUUCAACUGAUACUACUCUCAUGCCUACUUCAAGUGAUAUUUCUACAUUAACCCCUACUGAAAUCUCAGAUAUAACGACCAGUGGAUCUACAAUUCAGCCGACUGAAUCUACGAUGACUACCCUUACUGAUACUGCAACUCUCCCUACCAUAACAUUACCAACAGAGGCAUCUUCAACAACCCUAACGGAAACUACCACUACCCUUCCUAAUAUUCCCACUGAAAAUACGAGUACUGAAUCUACUCCUACUGAGCCUUUUACUACAAACAGUCCAUUACCAGAACCUACAACAGAAAAUUCAUUCUGGAAUGCAUUUACAAUAUCAAUGGUUACUAUUUUAAAUUUGAUUGUUAUUUGUGUGAUCGCCUUUAUAUUUUAUAGAAUAGGUAAAAAUAGGAAUAAUUCUGAUAUUUCUCAUAUAUUAUUUACUGAUGCCUAUGAUUUGCCAAAUCCUAUAACUGUGCCAAGGGUUACAAGUGUUUACUCAAAUCCUAAUAAUAAGAAUUUUUAUUUGCCUUAA